AUGGAUUCCUAUUUGCGCAUAUUUUGCCUGUUUUCAACCUACCUGGACACCCUCUUCUGCAACCUCGCUUUGCUUCACGCCUUCUGUUCCGGUCUGGACUCCUAUCUGCGCCUCUGUGGUCCCAGCACCUACUUGGUUUCCUCCAGACGACGACCCACCACCUGGCUUAAAAUCGGCUCGCCCUGGGUAGCUGCUGGUCUUCAAGCUAUUGGUCAGCUAGCUGUCAGUGAUAGAGACAAGGCCAAAUUCUUCGGCGACUGUCAACACCCGCUGUCCACACAGUUUGCCGACCAGUUCGAGGCUGCCUGUGUCAUCUCGGAUCCAAACUUUUUGAUUAUGCGUACAACCAUUGCCUAUGCCCUGCCCCUUAUUGCCUGCCUUGUACUCACCGGACUUCAAAUGAAGCGUCUGCGUAGGCUGCAUCAGGAACCCCAGCAGACGCUCCGGUCCCUACUCCUUGUGCGUAAUCAGCCCUCCUCGAAAGCGGCUGCACUCAAGAACACGACCCACCCUCUCUCAAAACGCCAACCAAUAAAAAGGCUUGGUAUGAUGCUUCCGUCACCUGCGCGAACCAGCAGCGCAUCCACCAAUAAUGUGACUGUCAGCAACAGUAACGAGCUCCUCAACAAACGAGGACAUAAUUCAGCCUAUGCUAUGCUAGUUUGCAGAGAAUCAAAUUUCGGCUCUCGCAGCACAGUCACCUGCGGUCUACGACGGGACAUCACGAAUGAGACUCUUGUUGCCCACACCUCAACUGUCCCCGAGUCCCAGCUGACACGAAGCAACACAGUGGACACGUUUGACAAUGUUCCGCCUCCCGGUGUUGCUCUGGUUCAGCUAGCAGACAUCGAGGGGACUAAGGAGGCUGGCCCACUAUCCAUAUGA